UUGUUUAAUAGAAAAAGCCAGCCGCCGUUGACCACAACACCAACAGUGGCAAUUACCAGUACCUGUUACUUCCCGCUUUUAUCUACCGUCUAUCUCUAUAUCUGCUCAACCUCCUUUCACAUUCUCCUCCAUUUUCUCUCUCCUCUCUUUUCUCUGCGUUAUGGCUCUCCCUGCUGAUGUUGGAGAAGCUAUCUUGGAUAAAGAUGGGGGACAAACUGUGAUGCCAACACUAUUCAAACUAAAUCGUUGGCAAUGGUGGAUUUUGGUGGGAGUCAAUAUUUUCUUUCUUGUAGCAGGACAAACUGCUGCUGUACUUUUAGGAAGAUUUUAUUAUGACAAGGGUGGAUCUAGCACGUUAAUGGCCACCCUUGUUCAAACUGCUGGGUUCCCUAUCUUAUUUAUCCCGCUUCUAUUAAUUCCAGCUUCCCCCAGCUCUCCAACCCCAUCUGAUUCAGUUUCGGGAAAGUAUAUAUGCUUAAUAUAUGUUUCCCUAGGAAUAGUUCUUGCGGGUGACAAUUUGCUGUAUUCGUAUGGACUCUUAUAUCUCUCUGCCUCCACAUAUUCUCUCAUUUGUUCUACCCAAUUAGCUUUCAAUGCUAUCUUUGCUUACUUCAUAAAUUCCCAGAAAUUUACCCCGUUGAUUCUAAAUGCUGUAGUCAUUCUUUCAUACUCUGCGGCUCUGCUAGGGGUCAACGAGAGUUCUGAUGCACCAGAAGGGGUGAGCAAGGUACAAUAUUCCAUCGGAUUUAUAUGCACCAUUGGAGCUUCAGCUAUCUACUCGCUCUUGCUUUCACUGAUGCAGCUUGCCUUUCAAAAGGCACUGAAAAAAGUUUCAUUUUCUGUUGUUUUAGAGAUGCAAAUCUAUCCGUCAAUAGUUGCAACUAUAAUUUCGGUUGCUGCCUUAUUUAUAAGUGGGCAGUGGCGGACAUUAGAAGGAGAAAUGCAUGGUUUCCACACCGGGAAAGCUUCUUAUGUGUUGACUCUGGUCUGGACCGCUGUAUGUUGGCAGGUGUGCUCAGUUGGUGUGGUAGGCUUGAUUUUUUUGGUUUCUUCAUUGUUUUCGAAUGUUAUAAGUACUGUGGCAUUGGUUGUCGGUCCUAUUGCUUCUGUCAUCGCCUUCCAUGACAAGAUGAAUGGUGUCAAGAUAAUUGUUAUGCUUCAAGCACUUUGGGGAUUUGCUUCUUAUCUCUAUCAAAAUUACAUUGAUGAUUCUAGAUCAACCGAGCUACGGAAACAAAUGGAAGCCAAUGAGAGGAGGGUUACUGCUUGUUAAUAUGGUUCAUUAAGUUACACAGAAAUGAUAUAGCAUUAUUUUCUGUAGAUGGCGAAAUGGUCAUCCUGUAUUCAUCAGUUAUUUAUUAGGUGUUAUCUUAAUCAGAAACUUUGCAAAGAAUAAUAUGGGUUAGCAUAUUAUUGCCAUGAAUUGUUCUCCAUAUAAUUCUAUAGUUAUUCUUUCAA